CAGUGAGGCGCGGUGCGGCGCGGCGCGGGGAGGCCGGCGGCAUGGAGCGCGGUACCGUGAGGCGGCUGGCGGCCAGGGCGGGCCUGGGCGAGCCCCGUGUCGUCAGGAAGGCCGAGGAGUUCCUGCGGCUGUCCCAGGUGAGGUGCCCGGGGCUGAUGGCGCAGACGACGGCCACGGGCAGCGCCGUGAUGUGCCUGGAGCUGGCGGCCCGCGCCGCCAAGAGGCCGCUGGACAAGAGCUAUUUUAUUAAACUCUCCGGUUUGAACAAGACGACCUACCAGAACUCCAUCAAGUCUUUGGAGUGUUUGCUAGAGGUGAACCCAAGACUGGGAAUACGAGACCUGGCGGUGCAGUUCUGCUGCACGGAGGCAGUAAAUACCGCUUCAAAAAUACUGCAGAGGUACGAAUCCAGCCUCCCCGAAGCACAGCAAAUGGACCUUGAUUUCUCAAAACCGCUGUUUACAACAGCUGCAUUAUUCACUGCAUGCAAGUGCUUGAAGCUAAAAGUGGACAAAACUAAAAUCUUGGCUACAUCUGGGGUGAAAAAAGCAAUAUUUGAUCGGCUGUGCAAUCAAAUGGAGAAGAUAAGCCAGCAGCUCAGCAAGGAUGAUGUCCCCCUGGCUGCAGAGACAUCCGAAAGCCUGCAGACUGACCCGGAACACUGCAAGAAGGAAGACAGAUCUGAUGAUGAUGAUGAUGAUGAUGUGCCAUGUAAACAGCCAAAGACUGAAACAAAGCAAGACUAUGAAGAAUGGAAAAAGAGAAUCCUGGAAAAUGCUGCUAAGGCACAACAGACCAAUAGGGGUACUGGUUCUGUGCCACCUUGUAAUAUCGCUGCUGCUUGCUCAUAAUUUUCAUUCCCCCUCUGCUGUAACAAGUAUUCCAGUAGCAUAUGAGUGACAGCUAGCUGCUAGUCAGCUAAUAUUAUUUAUGAGCUAGUUUUUAAAUAUUUAGGAUUUUUUUUAUUAAAUGACAUUGGUAUUCAGAUGAUUUUUCUAAAAAGCAUGUUUGAUUACUUGCCAGGCUGGUACUUAAGCAGUUGUGGCAUUAGUUAGUAAGAUAGCUUUGUUUUCCUUGCUGCAAGAAGCAGGUAACAUUUCAAUGCCAUGUUAAAUGUGAAUAAAUUUUAAGUUACACGACCUUGAGCCUCAGGCUGGAAGUAGUCAGUGAAAAGAGAGGGAGGGGACCAAUGGUGCCUUGUUAAACUGCACAGACAGCCAAAUUAAAGUCUGAUAAAGUGUUUUCACUGUCAAAUAAAUAUUUUUGUCACUGAA